AUGUCAAACGAGAUUAUUGCAAAUUUUCCAACUUGGUAUAUUAUCACUGAAAAUGUCACAGAAGGUAUUUUAUUUCUAGCAACUAUAAUAUCUCUACCUCUUUAUUUGCUUGAAAUAUUUCUAAUUUAUCGAAGUCGUUCGAAUGUUUUUCGUGGCCCAUUUUAUAGAAUUCUAUUAACUGGAAUGAUAAUUGAUAUAUUUUCGGCUAUCAAUAUUUUUCUUGGUCAAAUAAUUCCAGCAAAAAAUUGGUUCAGUUUUCUAUACACUGAUGAUCAAAAUGGAAAUUAUCUCGGAAAAGUGUUCUAUACAAUAACAUAUGGUGGAAGGUGUAUCCAAGGUGCAACAGCAAUGCUUUUAGCAUUUAAUCGUGUAUCAGCUGUUUGUUUUCCAUUAUUUUAUCGAAAAAUGACAAAUUCUUUUUGGAGUAUUAUUAUGAACUUUAUUCAAACAUCUGGUGGAUUUGCUUCUCUCAUUCUGAUUUUUCCAAAAUCUUAUACUUAUUAUUCUGAAAAUGAUGGAUUUUAUGCUGCUUUCAAUGAUCAGAAUUUCAGAAAAUGGUUCUAUAUUUUUGUAUCAUUGUUGGAAGUGUUAUUUGUGAUUUCUAUUGUUUUUUUCAAUAUUGCUACUUUGGCAUCUUUCCAUUUUUCAAUUAAACUAGUAAGUUCCUAGAACUCACACCGAGAACAUUUCAAUUUUCAGUCUGGCUCAUCAAAUUCAUUAAAUCGUAGAAACUCACAAGUAAAUCAGAGAAUUUCUUCGGAAAAGCAACGAGUUGAACAAAGUAUGACCAGAAUGUCAUUUAUUGUUUGUACAGUUGAAGUUAUUUAUUUCGUUUUCAUAGUUUAUACUCUUUUAUUACAUUCAAAUAUGAACAAACGAUAUUUUUACUAUUUCUAUAAUAUUUUAUGUAUUUUCUACUCAACAUUUUCCGCUUGGAUGCUCAUCUUAUUUUCACCACCGAUCAAAUUGCAAAUUAUGAGGUAACUAAUCAAGUCAUGUGGUUUUUUGGUUGUUAAUAUGAUUCAUAUGAUUCGUAAUAACAAUGAACAGAAUAUUUUUUACAGGAUUGUAAAAUGGAAAACAACAUCAAUGAAUGAAGCUAUACGAAUCACAACAAUUGAACUCCAAAAAUCAAAUAAUUCAGUGUUCCAAUAA